CAGCCAUAGCAGCCAGAUUCAGCUUGGUAAACAAAGCGGACUGCUAGAGAGCUAACAGUUAGAAAAACACAACGUCUGCAAAAAUGGAAAGUAAUACCUUUUGAAAGGUUUUUUUUAUUUUUACCGCAUAGUUAAUAUCCUAUCAAAUUCACGCUAUGAUAAGAUAUGCAAUUUAAUAGUUUUCAUGUGUCGUAUGCAGUGGCUAACUGGUUAGCCAGUCAAGCUUGAUUGAGGCUGCAUUGAUUGGCAAAGGAAAUGGGGUUACAAUUAGUUCAAAUGACAACCUGUUAUUUUGUUUGAGUGUUGUUGACAAUUACUUGAUUCAUCUGUUUUUAAACGCUGACUUCAUUUUGAUGGUUGUCUAUUUGCAUUAUAAAUUUUGUAGCUUUGUAUUUGGCUAACCAGUUAACCAUUUAACAUGUAACUGAAACUAUGAACUUUCAAUUUACUGAAGUAACAGAACGGUAAUUCAAUGAUUUAUCUUAAAUGACAAUAUUUAGAUUUGCUCUCAUUUCCCACUAGUUGUACCAAACAAAAUGCCUGCACUCAAAUAUUUACAAGGCGUUCAGGCAAGCAGAUAAAAGCUUGCUAGCAGAUAAAGGUUUGUGAAGAAAAUACAACGAAAGAUUGCUGGUCAACGCACCAAUAAGCCAAAGCGGCUGUCAUGAAAUAAUAAUUCUCGAUUCAAUCGUUGGGUGAGAUGUUCAGCCUAAUGGCGAAUUGCUGUAACUGGUUGAAAAGGUGGAGAGAGCCUGCGAGGAAAGUGACUCUUGUAAUGGUGGGAUUGGACAAUGCAGGAAAAACAGCCACUGUCAGAGGUAUUCAGGGAGAAAGUCCUUCAGAUGUAGCACCUACUGUGGGCUUUUCAAAGGUUGACUUAAAGCAGGGGAAGUUUCAGGUCACAAUCUUUGAUCUGGGUGGUGGAAAGCGUAUUCGUGGCAUCUGGAAUAACUACUACUCCGAAUCGUAUGGAGUGGUGUUUGUUGUGGACUCAAGCGAUGUCCAGAGGAUCCAGGAGACGAGAGACACAAUGGCUGAGGUCCUCCGCCAUCCUCGUAUUGCUGGCAAACCUGUAUUAGUGCUGGCUAAUAAACAAGAUCAAGAUGGUGCAUUGGCUGAAGCAGACAUCAUCGAAAGCCUGUCAUUGGAGAAACUUGUAAACGAGAAUAAAUGCCUCUGUCAGAUUGAGCCCUGCUCAGCAGUGCUGGGUUAUGGAAAGAAGGUGGACAAAUCCAUCAAGAAUGGCCUUAAUUGGCUCCUGACCAAUAUUGCAAAGGACUAUGAGGCAAUAUCGGAGCGUGUGCAGAGAGAUACAGCAGAACAAAGAGCCCAUGAAGAGCAGGAAAAGAAGGAAAGAGCAGAGAGAGUUCGGCGGAUCAGAGAGGAGAGAGACAAGCAGGAGCGAGAUGGGAGGACAGUCAAAGAGGAGGAGCUAGAUGAUGUCAGCACGGUCAACCCAUUCCAGCCAAUAAUAAAUGUUGUUACUGAGAAUGAAGACAAGCUGAGAAAGGAGAAAGAGAUGCAGAGACAGAGCAAAGAAGGCCAGCAGGGCAGUGCACAAGAACAGACAGCACUCCAAGAUGAGGAGGAAGAGGAAGACGAAGAGAGUGAGAGACAGACCCCAGAGAGCACAGAAUCAGGAGCUGUGGACCAGGCCAAAAAGAAAACAAGUAAAUUACGACUCAAACGUAAGCACAGAGUUGACCCUCUAAGGGUAGAUGAAGCAACACCCAAAAACCCCCCACCUCCUACCUUGCCAGUUGGAUGGGCUACUCCUAAAGUUUCUAGGCUCCCCAAACUUGAACCUCUUGGUGAUACAAGACCUUCUGUAUGAGGAGUACGGCUGGGAGGUCAUAGCAUUCCUGAUGGGUCUCCAAGACAGUUUUACCAAGUUUACCUGCUGUCUUUGCCUUUGGGACAGCAGGGCAAAGAGGCGCACUACCACAGGCGGGACUGGCCACAGCGGACCAAGUUAUCUGUGGGGAGGAACAACUGUGUCAAGUGGGAGCAACUGGUGGAUCCCAGAAGGUGCUGAUGCCACCACUGCACAUCAAAUUGGGCCUUAUGAAAUAAUUUGUCAAAGCUCUAGAGAAGGAGACGGCAGCCUUCAAGACUUCUUCCCUGAGCUGUCUGAGGCAAAGGACAAAGCCGGUGUCUUCGUCAGACCACAGAUAUAGAAGGAUUUUGGAUUCAUAUGUUGUUUUUUCUGACUUUAUGUGAACGAAAAGACACACAUUCGUUCUUAUUGGAAAUUGGUCAAUUUAAAAAUAUCAUAGUCAUUGUCACAAAAGCACAUUUUUGGGGGAAUAAUAGCCAUUUUCUAUACUUUUGAGGCAUAAGCAAUUAGGAAAUAACACUUACUGCCCAGGAACAAAAAUUGUGUUACAUAGUGUUUUCAUUUUUGGUGAAACGUCCCUUUAAUCAUGUAGUUUAACCAUUUAGUCAGUGGAAGUUAUUUAAUCCUUGUUUAUUAUUGCAGCUAUGAAAAAUUGGACAUUGCUGACAUAAAUAUCUCUUUUUCAAUGACUCUUUCAUUGGCAGAUUUCUAUGGCAAACCUCUCCCACCUGUAUCAAUUAGACAGAGGCCGAACAGCGAUACUCAUGAUGUAAUUUCCUAACACCCUUUCCCCUCACUGGCUUACAAUACUUAAGGGUCCCAACCAAUCAAAGUCUUCUUUUGUUCUUAUCUUCAAGCACGGGCACUUUAACAAUCUACGUGGAUGUAAUUGCCCAUAAGUGAGGGACUGAUACCCAAUCAGCAUGCCCAGAUGGAUCACAUGACUUGAGCAACCAAUGACUGAUGGUCAGCGGAAGCUGUGUUUCCUGGCCAGUGUUUGGAAAAUUAGAUGGACAAACGCAAACUCUAUGGAGCAGUUAUUGAUUGGUGGGGGACGUGGUCCAUGGACAUUCAUUGUAUAGAAUGUUCAAAUAAUUUUCUCAAACGGAGAAUGGUUCACUAUUUCAGUUUAGACUUUUUCCCUGGCAGUCUGUAGCACUUUUUUUUUCUCUCUUCUCAAAAAUAAAUUUUGCAAAUCAGUAUUAACACAUUCAAAACACUUUUUUUUUUUUUUUUUUGUGUAAAAUACAUUACAAACCUAUUUUUAUGAGCAAUUAAAAAUAUGUAAAUGUAUAGUUUAAAUUUGUGUACUUGAAAUUGUAAAAACAUGUCUUUCAUGUUUUUAUGGUUCACAUGCAUAUAUUUGCCCAAGCUUUUACACUUGUGCAGUUUAUUCUAACAUAGUGUGCUUUGAAAAUAUCAUAUGGUUUGUUUGUUUUUUCCUCCACAUCUAUACAGUAGGUCCAUACACUACGCUGUAUGUCAUUCAUACUUACCAGCAACAGAUAUCUUCACACUGCAGUCUGAGUGUACGUUUGCAUAUGGGCCUUGAUAUGUAAUGUUUUGAAGAUCUUUAUUGAGCAGCACAAUUUGACCCAGCAUUUUAACCUCACAAAUGGUACAUUAUUCUUUAUUAGAGAAGAAGAAAAAUAAGUUGUAUUUAGAAAGAUGAGUGGGUAAUUUCAUAUCUUGUAGAUUUGCAGAUAUGAAGAGACUCCACUGUUUGUGUAACAAUGCACAACCUCUCUAUAUAUUUUAAUGGAUAAUGUCACAAACUGUAAACACUGCUUUCAUAUUUAUUUGAUGUUUCAAACUUAUGCCAUUUUUAUACUUCACAUUUGUUUAAAUGUAUGAUCAGUUUACAUGUUUCUUUUUGUAUUUAACACACACACUCUUAUUUGGCAACACUAAUAUUCAGUUGACAACUUCUUGAGUUCAUCCAGUUUGCUUUGCUUUCAGUAUAUGCCUCUUUUUUUUAUCCAGUUUUAGUUUAACAUUUAUGUCAUAAUAAAACAUAUAUUUUUACUCAGUUAUGUAGUAAGUACUGUUUAAUUAUUAUAUAAUUUCAGUGUUAUAUGAAUGUGUUUUGUUCCACAACCAACCAUCCAGUUCCCUCGCUUAUGCAUUUAACAGUUUCAUUCAUUAGAUACUAUGAUUAAAUGAUUAAUGGAUUUAGUUGGUCUUGCUAUACAGUUGUACACAUAAUAUCAUUUAAGAUUAUGCAGCAUUCCCAAGGUCAACUGGAAACAUCAGGCAAUUUUAAAUGUUUAUUUCCAGGCAUGGAAAAUU